UGGAUCGCGUGGCACCUGUCCCACCGCGUGGCCGCGCGGCCGAAUACUACCAAGUCGGAGACGACGACGACGACGCGCCACGAACGCACAAACCAGCGGCCAUCGACCUGCGCGGGUGCUACGUGCAGGCCAGCGACAUGCGCCGUCUCACGUUGCCGCUGGCGACAAACUACUUUCUGCUCUCGCUGCACUUGGGCGGGAACGGCCUAGGCGACGAGAGCAUGUUGCUGCUCAGCGCGGCCCUAGCCUCCAACGCCGCGCUCCAGACGCUGGUGUUGAGCUACAACGCGAUGACGGCGGUCGGGGCUGUCGCGCUCGCCGAGGCGUUGGCGACGAACGCGGCCUUGACGCACCUCGACGUGGCGCACAACCGCAUUGGCAGCGACGGGCUCCUCGCCUGGCUCAACCUCAAAACCAACUCGACACUGCGCACGCUGCACAUGAGCCACAACCCCGCAAUCCAUGACGCUGGCGGCGUCGACCUUCUUCGCCCGCUGGCAACCGAACCGCUAUCGCUCGCGGACGAGACGCGCCAGAAGCUCCUCCUCAAAAGCAAGAGUCGACCGUACGCGGCGACGCUCGUCGAGGCGCCGGCCAACACGAGUCUUUUCACGCUCACGCUCUCCGAGAUUGGGCUCUCGUUGGCCUCGGCCAGCCGACUUCAGCACGUCUUGGCGUCAACGGCCGUGCUCACGUCGCUCGACGUGUCGAUGAAUAGCUUCUCGCUCGAGAGCAGCAAGGAGCUCGCGCGCGGCGUGGCGGCCAAUGCGUCGUUGACGUACCUCCACGGUGGUGCCAAUGCCCUCGACGAUGUCGUCGGGGAGCUCAUGGCCACCGCGCUGGGCACGCACCCGCGCCUCCGCACCGCGCUUUUUCCAGCGAGCUUCCACGGCCCAACGCCGGCAGCUACCUCGCCAAGACGCUCCUCACAACGCCGAGCCUCGCGCACGUGGACAUCCGGCGGGGUCCUCGAGCCACCGGGAAUUGUCGCGCUCUGCAAAGCCAUUGGGAAGAAUUCUACCUUGCGCGUCCUCGAGCUGACCAGCGUCGGGCUCAAGUCGGACACGGUCGUGCAAGUCCUCGCCACUGCGCUCGAGACCAACGAGACGCUCACCGAGCUCCACUUGGGCUACAACAGCAUCACGCUGCGCGGGUGCAAGCUGCUGCGGGACGCCGUCGCGGCGACGCCGUGCCAGCUUACGCCCGAGUCGCUCAUUUUAGAAGGCAACAGCGGCAGCAAGGCCCGAGGCAGCAACGUGCUAAUCUCAGGCGGAUCGCUCUCUCCAACCAAGCCACCCGUGCACCCCAACACGACGAUUGGCGAGCCGUUGAUCACGUUCACGCGGCCAAGUCAACUCCAUUGA